AUGUUUCAAGCAGAGAAACCAGGUGCCGACUGUGGUGAGCGCGCGCCGCGCUGGUGCAGCAUCAACCUUGGGGUGAUCCUCUGUGCCGAGUGCGCUGGCAUACACCGCAAGCUGGGAACCCACAUCUCCUUCGUGCAGAGCUUGAGCCUCGACUCGCUGAAAGACGAGUGGGUCCAACAGCUCCUCUCACGGGGGAACGCCGCUGGGGCCGAGCGAUUCGAAGCGGCUUUGCCCCAGUCCUGGACGAAACCAGAGGCUCUCAGCACCGGAGGCGACCGCAUCGAUGCCAGAAGCGGGUACCAUCUUGAACAAUAUAUCAGGGCGAAGUACGAGCACCAGCUCUUUGCGAAAGCAGGGGGCCAGGUGUCUGAGUCGCCCUUCUCCCACCGCUUCCGCGUGCUGCUGCGCCGCCGAGGCGCGGAGCCCUUCGGCCUGGCACCCUCUAAGCCGGGGCUCCGGCACGGCAGCCUUCGACUUCGGGCAGAUCCUGCACCCGGGUCACCAGCCGAGCAAUGGAACGUUGCACAGAGCAACCCUGCGCUUCGCCUCCGCCAGGGAGAUAGCCUGGUGCGCGUGAACGGCGUGGGUUCCGGGCCCGAGGGCGGCUCGGAGGCCCUAAAGCAGCUGCAGCGAGAGAGCCAGGUUUUGCUGGAGGUUGAGCGUUUUCGGCCUCCAGAAUUUCUCAGCUACGCCUGGCUUGUUCCGGCGAGCUACCUGCUCUUCAACCCGGCAAAGCUCAGUACGUCAUCUAGCUUGCUUGAGAAGCACCGCGGACGCGAGAAGGAGCUCUUCUUGCAGAUCUGUUCCAAGUAUGCUUCACAGCCAGAAGACUGGGAGGAUGUGCUGCAACUUCUGGCCAUGGCGCCUGGCAGCGACCGGAAUGCUGCGAUGAUCUCAAAGGCCCGGGCCAAACUAUCGCAGUGUCAGCAGGGCGAGGAGUUGCAGCUGCUCGAAGCCCUUUGUCGCCACCUCGCACAGGGGCCAAGCAUGGUGGCCGAAGGCAGCAGCGAAGACGGAGUGGCUUGGACCCCCUAUGCUUGGCCGCAGCUCGUUCUGCAGCUGGACUACAGCGGUGGCACGCUGGGCCUUCUGCACGACCGGGCGGCCCUGCAAAGUGGUAUGGUGAUUGCAGCCCGCCUGAGCUUAGCACAUGGCUGUACACGGUGCUUGUGA